AUGGCAGAAGUCAAGCUCUAUCGUCAAAUUAGUCGGCAUAGCCAAAAGUUCACCUGGUCAUGGUAUAUCAUGCCUCUCGCUACACUUGGAGUUGCGCUGAUUUUAGACAACGAGCCGCAUCGAUUUCAUGCUCUCACGACAAUCGGAAAAGUUGUUUACUUAUUUGCAAUUACUCAAUUCGUCAUUCUCACUUGCUUCGUGACGUGGAGGAUAUUCACAGAAACUGGCUGGUUUCGACGUUCUCUUUCGAGACCUUCAGAAGCUCUUUCUUUUGCAACGACCUGGCUCUCAUUCGGUAACAUCCUCGCUGGCGGACACUCAUAUGCUCAGCCUCGAGAAGGCAGUCAUCUAGCAAACGCAAUGAUAGUCUUCUUCUGGAUCUAUGUCGCAAUAGCAUAUCUCCUUUCGAUCGUACUCAAUGUACUGCUUUACACUGGAGAAGACCACCUGAUGCUACCAAAUAUGACUCCUGCAUGGAUGCUCCCAAUAUUUCCAGUCAUUUUAUCAGGAACUAUCGCGAGCAUAAUCUCCACCAACAUUGAACCGGUCCACGCUCUUCCAAUUCUGAUCGGAGGUCUAACAUUUCAAGGGCUUGGGACUUUGAUAUCUCUUCUCGUAACGGCCAUAUACCUUCACCGACUCUUCCGUUCUGGACUCCCAGAUCCCGGAGUCAGACCUGCUAUGUUCCUUGCAGUAGGGCCUCCAGCUUCCACAGCAAUUGCCAUGAUACGUUUGGCCGACAACAUUCCUACAUCAUAUUCAUAUUUCUCGACUCAUCCGAACUCGGCGUAUAUCUUGCAGGUACUGUCUGUGUUUAUCGCUAUUUUCUUCUGGGCCUACGCAUUUUGGAUGUUCAGCUUGGCUCUGUUGUGUUGCCUGAUGAGCUUUCCAAGACUGCCUUUUCAUCUGAGCUGGUAUUCCUUCGUCUUUCCGAAUUGCGGCUUCACGAUUGCAACAAUCGAUAUCGGACGUGCGCUGGAUAGUGAUGCGAUCCUAUGGGUCGCUACAGCCAUGACACUCGUCAAUGUGGUGGUUUGGUUGUUUGUCAUGGGGGCUCAUCUCAGGACUGCAUGGCUAGGGAGAACGCUGAGUUGA